AAGUGAUUAGAUUUGAAAUAAAUGUAUAAUGUUAUGAUUUGAUUUGAUAUUCAUAAUAUUCUGAUUUGAUAUUAAUUCAGAUAUGAGAGAGGGAAGAGAUAAAGUUAUUGACUUAAGUAAUAGUAUCAAAUCCUUUCAAUAAUAUUAUAGAAGAUAUGUGGGAGAAAAGAAUGAUUUCUCUCAAAUUAAUGACUUCUUUGGCCAUCGUAAUUGUGAACUUUCCUACUAUUACAACUCCAAUUCAAAUGAAAUUAAAAGUAAAGAAAUUUAUGAAGUAUUUUACUUUAAGAUUUUAAAUUCACUAUUUCGGAUUAAGUGAUUCAAUUUCAAUAUUAUUUGCUAAUAAAAAAUCCAAGUAAAUUGUGUUCUAUUAAGAUUUUACAGCUCCUAUAGAAUUCAUUAGCACUCCAAUAACUCUUGACAUUUUGGAAAGAAAUUAAGAAAUAUUUCAAGCCAU